AUGUUGUUUACAUCGUCUAAUGGAAAACCAGUAAAAGGUACAACAAAAAAGACAUCAAAGGAAACAGCACGUAAAGCACCAACAGUUAAAACAAAUGUAGAUGCAUUGAAAUAUCUCGAAAAAUUUGGUUAUAAUCAAUGUGAGCGUCCUGGAAAGAAAAAAGAUAAAGAACCAUUGUGUCAAUCAAGUUUUCAAACAAUGAUUGAACACUUUCAAACUGUUUUUCAUUUACCUGUCACCGGUAAACUCGAUGAAAAGACUAUCAAAUUGAUGAACAGACCUCGGUGUAGUCUAGGAGAUUAUCCUAUGGCUUAUUCGGCUUUUCGACCUUGGCCUAAUACAACAUUAAAAUGGAGAUUAAACAAUGAAAUACCCAAAUUUGGAAAAGAAAAAACACGAGCACUUAUACAAGAAGCAUUUAAUGAUUGGGCUCGUUAUGCUCCAUUAAAAUUUCGUGAAGCAAUUGGUGAUGAAAAAGCUGAAUUUAGUAUUAGUCUUCAUGGAGGUGAUCAUGAUGAUGGUUAUCCAUUUGAUGGUGCAGGUGGUACACUUGCCCAUGCUUUUUUUCCAACAGACGGAAAAGUACAUUUUGAUUUAACAGAAGAGUGGACUGAUAAAUAUGACGGAUUUGGUUUCAAUUUUCGUUUGGUUGCUUCACAUGAAAUAGGACAUGCACUUGGUUUAGCACAUUCAUAUGAUCAAAAAGCAUUAAUGUAUCCAUUUUAUCAAUUAAUUCAACCAAAAGAUUUACUUCCAAAAGAUGAUCGAGAUGGUAUUCGUGCAUUAUAUGGUGCAAAUUCAAGUAAUAAACCAACAACAUUUGCAUCUACUACACCUAAAUCAACAACAACAAAAAAAACGACAACCUCUAAAGGUGGUAAGGAUACCAAAACAACAACUAAAAAGCCAAAAACCACAACAGAACAAACACUAUCACAUGAUCGAUGUGCACGUUAUCUUGAUGCUGUAUUUGGUGGUGGUCCAGAUAAGUGGUUAUAUACACUUGAUUAUGAUCAUGUUUGGCGUUAUCAUCCUGAUUUUGGUCGUUGGGAUUCACGUGGAAUACCAAUAACUGAAGUAUUUCAGGGUGCUGAAGCACAUAUGAUGGCUGGUAUUUUGUCUCCGAAAACGAAAAAAAUCUAUCUAUUCAAAGGUUAUCGCGUAUGGCGAUUCUCUUCUCCAAAUUCACUUGAUAGUGGUUUUCCUAAACGACUUUAUGGUAGUGGUACUCCAUUUAAUCCAAUAGCUGCUCUUUAUGAAAAAGAUCAUAUUUGGCUUUUAAAAGGUGGUAUACUCUUUAAAUUUGAUGAAGAUGAUCUUCGAUAUGAAUUUGAUCCACCACCACUACGUGUUGAAGAACAAUUUCGUGGUGUUCCAAAAAAUGUUCGAACAGCAUUUACUUAUGAUAGAAAACAUUAUUUUUUUACUGAACCUGAUCGAAAUGUAUAUGUUUAUAAUACGAUAACCGAACGUCUCGAACCCGGUUAUCCAAAACCUAUGACAACAGGAUGGUUUGCUUGCAAAGAACAAUAG